AUGGACUCAAAGGGGAUCAUUGAGGUCCCAGUGGUGGUGCGCAUGGCUGCCUUCCACCAGGGCAUUGGCAAGAUUGAAUGGAGAUGUGCAGAGGAAGGAGAUGGACUCCAGCUUUUUGUGGAUGAUGUUGAGGUCCCAGUCACAGUUGGUGUCGUGCACAGGGGUGAGAGGGACUUUGCUGUGCGCUGCAUGUCAGUGAGUCGCUGUGCGGCAGUGUACGCUGGUGGUCUCCACGUGGUGGCGUGGCGUGUUGUAGGCCACAACCAGCUGGCGGCCAUGGUGGAGGUUCCUCAGACCUUCUACAACCGCACCGUGGGUCUCAUGGGUCUCUGGAGCUCCAACCGCUCAGACGACUUCCUCAUGUCCGACGGCAGGCUCCUCCCCUCGGAAGACUUCAGCCCCCCCUCAGAGGAGAGACUUCAUUACUUUGGCAUGUCCUGGGCAGUCCCAGUCCCAGAGAGCCUGUUGUUCUCUCUGCCUCCACUGGUUCCACUGGAGCAUGUCUCCUCUGAGCACCUGCUGCAAAGCAUCAGUCCUGCUGAGGUGGAGGAGCUGAGAAGGACUUGUAAAAGCUGCAUGGAGUGUGUCCACGACACCCUAGCAUCUGGCAGCUCUGACCCGGGCCUGCGGACUCUUGACGCCAAGAACCAAUUCCGAAGUCUGGCUUUGAUCUAUGGUAACAUGCCCCCCAUAGUGACAGAGCCCACAGUGAUCCACGGUAAGGUCAAUUCCACUGUCAACAUUCAGAUUGUUGCUCAGGACCCUAACCUAGAUGCCAUCAGCUACUCGCUGCUCUUCCCCAGGCCUCCACGGGCUUCUAUUGGCAGCGGUGACGGUUACCUGACAUGGACUCCCCUCAGCACCCAGCCUGUCCAGCUGACCGUCAAGGUCAGUGACAAGCUCACCAGCUCCCUGUUCACACCCAUUCUGCGCGUUUGCAACUGCCUCAACGGAGGAACCUGCCAGUUCGACAGCAUCGCCGAAAACCACCAGCAGGGAAAGUUCCAGGUGGUGGGGUGCCUGUGCCCAAAGGGGUUCAGUGGGAAGUUCUGUGGGAACGCCUCAGACGUAUGUCUAGGCAAGCCCUGUUAUCGAGGGGUGAAGUGCCAGUCGAAGACAGAACCCGACCAGUUCACCUGUGGAGACUGCCCUGAUCAUAUUGUUUCCAAUGGAAAACAGGGAUACAAGUGCUUUGAGCAUGACAUGUGCAUCCCUCCUUUCCCCUUCCCCUGCCACAAAGACGCAGACUGCCGCAGCACAAAACAAAACUACACCUGCACAUGUAAGCCUGGCUUUACUGGAGAUGGACACAACUGCACAGAUAUAGACGAGUGUGAAGAGCUCUCGACCUGCUCCAAUGCUAAGUUUGAGUGUAAGAACAAGCCCGGCUCUGUUGACUGCCUCUGUAGAUACAAGAACACCAAGGACACUGAUGGAUGUGGUGACUCUGCCAACCCUCCAGGGAGUAAUGUGUUCAAUGUCUCUUUGAGCUGGAAGAAGAACAGGUCUGAUGGACUCAAACAGCUGGUGGACAUUGUGUUGAUGGGUUUCCAGAACAAAUUCUACAACGCCAGUAAGAAGGGUCCAGGUCAGGGCUCCAGACCAGGUUCGGAGGAAUAUCGUAUCAACGUGUCCAGUGACACACCCCACUGGUACAUCAGAGACUACCUGGCCAGAGUCAGCAGCCACUAUGACAUUAAUGCCAUUGAAGUUGAUGAUCUGGAUGAGUGUGAGGCCAAGGAAGCGGUGUGUGCUCAUCCAGCCCUCUGUGCCAACACUUACGGAGGCUACAGGUGUGUUUGUAACGGCACCGAUGUGGAUAAAACCCAGUCCUGUGUGUUAGAGAGAGACAAGGUGAGUGAUACGGAGCUGGACCUCGUUCUGGGGCUGGUUCUGGGCAUCGGCAUCCCUCUGCUCCUGCUGCUUCUCCUGGCUGCGCUGGCCUGUUUCUGCUGCUGCAAGAGGACUGUCACUGGAGAACUCCCCUACUCGUUGCCAGACUAUGUCCAGGAGCAGUACAACCCUCCGCCCUUCAACUACUCUGACCCCGCUCUGCACUACAUGACCCACUGCAGCCCUCGGAUCAUAGACAACAUCACACCCCGGCAACGCUUCAGAUAGCACAUAUGAGAACCACAUAAACAUACAUGCGUACGUGCAAAUCGCUCACACAGACACUAAAAGACACUAAAGCUCGCACACAAAAAAAUGCACAGGCUUACAAACACAAUGUAAGCACUUUUGAAGCCACUGUAUAUGUUUCAUAUAAUGACAAGAUGAAUGACUCUUAUUUAUAUUGUAACAAACAAGUAAUUAAACCUGAGUGACUUUUAAAGUCAAUUAUUUUCAAUCCUCUCCGCUGAGUGAUGGACCUGCCAAGUGAGAGCUGGAAGUUUUUUCGCCUGGACAACAGUUUACAGUCAGAGUCUGACCCAGCAGAACUCGACAAUCUCUUGGCUGGAGACGAUGAUGAAAAGUAAACCACUGCAGUGGUGUUUAGCUUCCAGCUGAUACUAGGCCAACAGCUUCCUUGAUAGCAACAUUAGCAAUUGCCAGAAUACCUGUGCUCCUGCCCUCUGUUCACCAUCAUAUUCAAUAUUGAGUUUCUUAUUGCUCUUGGGGGCAGUGUGCAGUAAUACAUCCAUUUUUGGAAAAUCAGCAUCACUCAUAAUCACCAAACCAUCGGUGAUUCAAUUUAUGUAACUGUCAUUAUUUUGCAAACAUCUCAAUCCAUAAAAAUGUUGGUGUCACUGUUUUCUAAAAGCAUUCGUCUCACUUUGGAGUUACACAACAACAAACAGCAAAUUAUUGUUCAUUGCUGGAUUGUCUCCCAGUUAAUUUAACACAACAGAGUAAUUCAGUGUUUCAACUUGCAGCAGUCUUUUGAACUGUCAAUGCAAGUUAAAAGAAAAAUGUGUAAAUAUAAUGUAAAUCAUUAAAAGUGGUGAUUUCAAGAGCAGAUUAGAAUUGAAUUUUGUUAUUGAAACAAUCGUGUCACUUUACUAAUGUUGGGAACAGAAUGGCUAAAGAUAUGGUCUUCAAACAGAAAGGUCCAGGUUUAAAUUCUCUCAUGGUUAUGUGUCCUUGAGUAUGACAGUUAAUCCUAUAUAGACUAACUCUAGAGUUUCCUCUAUAUCUCACCUUGACCUGUGACCUCCCAUUGAGGAGGAAAAGGAAUAACACAUCGUCAUCUUCCUGUAAGCUGAUACAUGUCAAGCUGUAGCUGCUGAUAGCUCACAGUUUGUAAAAAGGACUCAAUGUUCGUGCUGAAAUAAUGAUGUUAUUUCCCCCAAAUGUUAUUUUUGUCAGGCUGGAAAAGCACUUCACAUUCUGAAAUGAAGGACACUGGAAUAAAGAACAACUCUAUUUUUACUAUUACAUUAAAAUAUUUGUUUUCCAUUG